AGAAAAGGGGAAAGAAGAAGGUUGUACCAAGCGAUGAAAAAGAUCUUGCUCUUCUGGCAAUUCUCAGGAGUGGUGAAAUCGAAGUCAUAGACAGCAUAGCGGCACUCAUUCUCAGGCAUGCAUUCGGUGAAACUGUCAAGAAGAAGAAGCAAAUUGUUCUUACACACAUAGGUGUACGCUCGUGCUCAGAAAAUACAUACUUGCGACCUAGUAGGGGGUAUCGAAACGGCCUGGAAUUCGACUGUGGGGGGGGGGGGGUUCUGUUUUGUAAGGAAUUUUUUUCUGGGCGUACUGGUCUCGUUCACCGGUCUCAUUGUCAGAAAACGAGCUGACUCACCAGAAUGCCUGCGAGUUGACAAGGAAUUGGCCUUGUUGAUGAAGAGACCAUUCCUUAAUGGGAGGUCGAGGUUCUAAGAUUGGUACAUGUUGUUGGGAGUCAUCACACAAGACUACUCUUCCUGAAGCUCCCCAUGUUGAAAACGAAGAGAACUGUGAGGAAACAGAUUUGCUGUCUUUCCGUGAAUACACACUAGAACAGCUUAAGAUCGCCACCUCUGGUUUCGCUUUGGAGAAUGUCGUGUCUGGAGAUGGAGAAAUGCCUCCAAAUGUUGUCUACAAAGGGAAGUUGGAGAAUCAUCAGAAGAUUGCUAUCAAGCGCUUUUCUCGAUUUGCCUGGCCUGAUCCACGCCAAUUCCUUGAAGAAGCAAGAUCGAUUGGUCAUCUACGCAGCAAUAGAAUGGCCACUUUACUCGGUUGCUGCUGUGAAGACGGCGAGAGAUUACUCGUGUCUGAGUUUAUGCCUAAUGGAACACUAGCCAAACACCUUUUCCACUGGGAAACACAACCGAUGGGAUGGGAGAUGCGACUACGGGUUGUUUUACACCUUACAGAAGCUCUUGAUUAUUGUUGUAACAGAGGACGCACUCUGUAUCAUGACCUCAAUGCUUACAGAGUUUUAUUUGACGAGGAAUGCAAUCCAAGACUUUCAACAUUCGGCUUGAUGAAGAAUAGCAUGGAUGGGAACAGUUACAGCACAAAUCUUGCUUUUGCCCCUCCCGAGUAUAUACGAACUGGGAGAACCACUGCAGAGAGUGUGAUUUACAGCUUUGGUAUCCUUUUGCUUGAUAUUUUCACUGGAAAGCAUAUUCCUCCUAGCCAUGCCCUUGAUUUGAUUCGAGACAGAAAACUUCAGACGCUAGCCGAUUCUUGUUUGAAGGGACAAUUUUCGGACAGCGAUGGCGCUGAGUUAGUACGCCUGGCAUCUCGCUGUCUUCAGUAUGAAGCUCGAGAGCGACCAAACCUAAAAUAUUUGAUAGCUGCACUGACAACUCUCCAGAAAGAUAAAGAUGCAGAGGUUCCGUCUCAUGUCCUAAUGGGUCGUGGUACUUUUGUGUCACCUUUAUCUCCUUUUGGGGAGGCUUGUUUGAGAAAGGACCUGAACGCUAUGCUCGAGAUGUUGGAUAAAAUUGGUUACAAAGAUGAUGAAUCGGUAUCGUUUCUGUGGACGGACGAGAUGCAAGAAGCUGUGGAGUCGAAGAAGAAAGGCGAUAUUGCAUUUAGACAGAAAGACUUAAAAGAAGCCAUUGAGUUUUACACUCAGUUUCUUGACUUGGGAAUGAUCUCUGCAACAGUCUUUGUGAGACGGAGUCUAAGUUACGUGAUGAGCGGCAAGGGGAAAGAAGCUUUAGAAGAUGCAAUGAAAGCACAAGGCAUAUCUCCAGUGUGGUACGUUGCAUUGUAUCUCCAGUCUGCUGCGCUUGAUGCCCUGGGAAUGGAGAAGGAAUCCAAGAUGGCACUUCUGGAAGGAUCGGAACUUGAAGCCAGGAAGAUUUCACCGUCCACACACUGACCUGAAUACUAUUCUUCCAGGCAGAACUGAACGCAUAAGAGAAUGUUAGAACAUUUGUACUAAAUAAACCAUAAACCCCUCUACAUGGUAAGAGUAGAAGGCGUUUCAGUUGGUAGAUAAGAGAGGUUUGGAUUAAACAAACAACAUUAAUUAACAAGUGAUGAUCUGCUGA